AUACAAUCCAUCAUUAAGUAAUCAACCAUCAUCAACAACAAACAAUAAAGACGACGUCGCAGGGAUCACACCAGACCAGAUUCUCACGGAAACAUAAAAUAGAGGAAAGAGAGAGACAAAGUCAAUAAGAUGGCCACUACAGCGGUAUUCAACCACAUCGACGUCUUGUCGCCCCUCGUCAAGACCCCGAAGCACUGGACCAAGGUCGACGGGGGCGGCAUGUCGUACAAGCACAGCCAGGUGAAGCGCCCAGUGCACGACCUGCGCGCCGAGUCGCCCUCGGAAUUCAACACGGACAUCUCGGGUUUCGGACUGCAGCACUGGCCAUCAGGCGAGAAGGCCUUCGUCGACGACGCCGCGGUGCGCGGGGCGUACUACGCCGACGUCGAGGCCGUGCUGCGGGCCAACUGCGACGCGCUGCCGAGCAACAUCGGGACGGGCCCCAACGGCGCCAACAACAAAGUGCGAAAAGUCGUCAUCUUCGACCACACGAUCCGUCGGCGUUCUCCAGAGUCGGCCCGCGGCCCCGUGCAGCAGGUCCACGUUGACCAGACCCCCGCGGCGGCAGCAGCGCGUGUCAGGAGACAUUUGCCCGCGGACGAAGCGGAGGAACUGCUCAAGCACCGCUUCCAGCUGAUCAACGUGUGGCGACCCAUCAGUCAUAUCGCUGCCGACUACCCGCUUGCCGUCAUCGACUGGAGGAGCACGAUGCCGGGUGACUUCUUCGGCGUCGACCUGCUGUAUCCGAAGAGGGAGGAUGGCGACGACGACGAUGACAGGGGCAAGGAGAAGAAGGCGGUGGCUGUGAAUGCGAAUCUGGACGGGUACGAAGUCCGCGGGGAGACGAUGGGCGUUGCGGCGAGCGACGAGCACCGCUUCUACUACAUCAAGGACAUGUCGCCCGACGAGGUCCUCAUGCUCAAGUGCUACGACUCGUGGGGCGAGGGCGAGCCCGGCGGGAAGAAGGGGCUCGCGGUCCGGACGCCGCAUACGGCGUUCGAAGACCCGGCUACGCCUGCCGAUGCGAAGCCCAGGGAGAGCAUCGAGGUGAGGGCGUUGGUUUUCUAUGAGGAGUAGAAAUUGCAUUUAACUUGCUCCGUUUUUUUUUUUUUU